AUACCUAUCGGGGCGAGGUUAUGCAUCGGCGGCCAGGUGACUAAUUAUUCCAGUACAUUUGGACCAAAAGGAGCUGUUUUAGGAUAUCAUUCUCAUUUUGUGACAAUUCCCUUGGAUUUGAAUAACGGUUCGAAUAUAACUUUGGAAACAGAUAUCCAAAGCAGCAAGACAGAUCGAGUGAGUUUUCUGUGGCUGGAAACGAUGACUUUAAAUCAUACAAACUUGGUAAAGGUUCUUCCUCAGACCUACCUGGCUUUAGAUCUUGCCUAUUACGUCAUAAAACACUGGGCAAUCUAUGGAAUUUUUACUUUUGGAUUUGUCGGGAAUACAAUUUCGUUUCUGAUCACAAAUAAGAAGGAAUAUAGACACGUUUCGACCGGCGUGUAUAUGACGUCAUUGGCUGUGUUAGAUAAUGCGUGUCUACUGGUAAUGAUGAUGUAUAAUAUGUUGUCUGUUCAGCGAUUAGGAGAUGGCAUUCAGGAUAGACAGAACUUCCAUGUCUGGUUCGUCUUCUUCAACUUCUCCUGUCAGUACGCGUCACGACUUCUGCUGGCAGCAAUGACGGCCGACCGCGCCUACAAAGUUCUAUUUCCACUAAGAGCAAAGUCAACAGGCACGACGUCGAAAACAAAGAAAGUCAUCAUAGUUGUUACCUUGAUUCCUGCGAUAGCAAAUAUCAAUUUUUUUUUUACCAUUAAGGUGUUGUUCAUUCGGACUGAUGACGAAACGCCUGCUUAUUCAUUUCCUGAGGUUCCGUGGAUCGAGCUUAUGGUGACUGGUUGGACCUUAUUUAUAGCUGUUAUUUUACCUUUUUUCACUAUCCUCACGUCAAACAUUCUUAUAAUCUAUGGUGUCCAGCGAGCGGCUUCCGCAAGAACAGAUAUGGUGAGCGUCAACGACAAAGCCAAGGAAAACCAUCUCACGCGUAUGUUAAUUCUAGUUUCAGUGGCGUAUAUCAUUCUUUGCCUACCGGACGCAGUUAAUGAGCUCGUCUUUAGUAUCCCAGAAGUGAGUUCACAGUACGUCAUGAGUUCUGACUAUUGGCGGACAAGGGCCGUACUUAUUGGCUGGACUCUUGCUCAGGUCUCCGCUAUGAAUCAUGCUGUAAAUUUCUUUUUGUACGUGCUGGGCGGAGGAAAGACCUACAGACAGGAUGUCAAGAAAUUGUUCACUGGUUGUUUAAAUCAACUUCCAAUUACGAAACAAUAAACUCAGUGGAAUAUUAAGUCUGCUGAACUAUAUAUACAUACAUGUUUAACCUAUGUCAUAAUAUGUGAUUUAAAUGAUGACAUUUCCCCGAUUGAGCAUCAUCGCCACAACCAUUUUGGAGAAUCCAUGCGCUCGAGGAGAAUGCAUCGCUUUGCGAGAAUAUGGCACCAUAUGUAACCUUACAAUACCAAUGUGUCGAUAUCGUUCCCUGUCAUGACUGCAAAGCAACAAUGGAAUUAUAAAAACGCUAGGCCCUGUAUUCAAGUUUCCAGAAAAGAUUAUGGAGAAACGUUGGCUUGGUUCCUUUAUCCUUUAUCCUUUAUCCUAGAACAUCACAUCACAUAACGACCAGAAACUCGAUUUCUCUUUUUAAGUAUUUGAAGUAUAGGUUUGAAAUUUGAAUAUUUGGGUGGCUUUUGGGAAAGGAUUGGAUGAUAUCGUGUGCACGUGUAACCAACUGAGAUUCGGGCGGGUCCAAUGGAAAUUCCCCGGGACGACUAGCCAAUUAUUCCGAAUUCCCAUUGGCAACAGAUAUAAAUGAGUGAUUAAAAGAGAUUCAUUCAGUCCGUUUAUUAUGACCACAUUCCAUUACUACAUGCAGUACUGUACUCAUGUACACAUAUGCACAUAUACUCUACAUCAGUACAUGCAUAGCCUAGGCCUGCAUCAUGGUUUGUCUGGAACCCGUGAAACCGAGCCCACAUGUGACUCACUAAAAACCAUAAUAAAUUGAAUUAACCUGAUAGAAUAACCUUUUAAUGGUGGUGUAUGGGUGUCACAGAUCCAGGGGAAAGAUUGCAGCCCGGUGGUCUGGGUUGGCCGGUUUAUAAAAUUGGGAAAAAUUAGAAAUUUGUGGAGAUGAGAUUUGGGUGUGUAGUUUUAGAAGUUUCCAAGAUGGCCAACAGCUUGCCACACCACCUGUGGCAAACCAUAUAACUAAUUUUAGAUAUAACUAUUAUACAGGUUGUAACAAAAAUAUUGACCUGGCUACACACGUUGAGGUUAAAGUUUUCCAGAUCUGUUUCAUUGCUCAUACAGUAUAUACAUGUAUAAUGUUAGGUCACAAUAUGCUAGAGAGUUUGAGAUCCGCAACUUAAAGCAAAACUUAAACGUAUACGCACCUAUACGUAUAAGUUUAGCUAUCAGUUGCGAUGAGUUUUGUUAUACGUAUAUUAAUAAAUAUGAAUAAAUAAAUAAAUUAGUCUUCACGAUUUCCAAUCUUUUACAAAGAAUAGCUUUGAUAUU